AGAAAAAAGACAAGUAGAGAAAAAGAUAAGAAGAGUGGUGGGUACUUGCUUUUAACUUCACCAAACAUUGAUUGCUAUAUAGGACUUACAUUUUACUCCAAACUCCAUAGCUUUGCAAGUACUUGACGGUUUAAAUUCUCUAGACAUCUCACUUCACUUUGCUACAGAAUUGAACCAGGGAGUUUUCGCAGCUUCUUCAAUUUUCUUCAUAAUGUCAUCUCUUGAUCGAGCCUCCCCAGCGUUGAAGGAGAUCCUGCUCAAGAUAUACCGUGCCCGAAAACCUAUGGAGGUCGAUCAUCACUUGUAUGAGCUUGGGUCUGUGGAGUACCACGUUCAGUCUUCAGCAUCUGAACCACAUAUUGUUUACUUGUCAAUAUCAACCCCACUUCUCUCUCAAGGUGUUAUGCUAUCUUAUGGGCUUUCGCCAUAUACCAUUGAAAUGGUAAAAAGUGUUCCCUAUAACAUCGUGGAAAUUGUCGAACCUGCGAAGCAAGGAUACCAGCUUACUAUGAGGCUGAACUUCGCUAACAUCCCUCCAGGCAAAGACUCACUGAAGAUAAUUACAGAAAUUUCCACCAUGCAAGCAGUAAUACUAAGUUUACAGCUGAAAGAAAUGUUGCAAACUGUCAAUUCACUGAAUGCAUCCCAGGGGAUAUGCAAACCAAUCAAACUUGUCUACCACCCUAGAGAACCUUUCUAUGUUAUCAGACAGCCUCAAAUGAUCACUGCUGUGUUUCCAAUGCGUUUCAAGGAACACUCAGAUGUGAUUAUUGCAACAGCCUUCUUUCAGGAACUUAUGGAUGUGGGUAGUUCUGAAGAAUUUGCUAAAGUACCUCCAUGCAACUGGUCACCCAUUCCUCCUCCAGAACUGAGAGGAGAACCAUUUAAAGAUUUAAGCACCAACGGAGGGUUUGUCUCUUUUGAAAUAUCUUCAUGUCAUGUUGAGGGUGAAAAGCUAGACAAGACUGUGUGGAUUCUACUGAAUUUCUAUGCUCAUGUGAAAUACCAUGUGAAGUGCACCAAAGGUUUCAUACAAAGACGAUUAAGAAGCCGUUUGGAAAUUUUGGUUCAGGUCCUAGAGGAUAUAAACUCAGUAGAAGGCGGAGAAAUUGAGAAGGUUCAAGGAAAUGCAGGAUGCAGGUUUGUUAAGAAAUUGGGGAUCAUUUCAAAAUCUAAAAUUCUGAGAGGAAGAUGUGGUGACUUCACAAGGAAGAUCAAGAGAAUCCGUUUCCGGAUUAAAAUCCAUGGGUUCGGCCGUCUUCGUCAAAAAUGGUUAAGAAUCCCAAAAUUUUCUUCUCCAAUGGGAUAUACCAAAUUGGAUUAAACUGACUUCCAUCUUACAUGUUCUGCCACGUGAUUAAAACUAUAAUAAAGCAAAUCCAAUGAGCUCCAAAUAUUGUCCUAA